AGAGGCUUUAAGCUGUCAUGGCUGAAAAGAGGACUGUUUUGGGGCUGCCACUGCUGUUUCUUUUAAUUUCUGUGGCUCUCUUGCAUUUAUUAAUUUGUCCGUUCACCAAAGUCGAAGAGAGCUUUAAUUUACAAGCGACACACGACAUUUUGUACCACAGACUAGACUUUGACAAGUACGACCAUCAUGAAUUUCCUGGUGUGGUGCCACGCACUUUCCUCGGCCCGCUGUUCCUCUCCACACUCUCCUCCCCUGUUGUUCUUCUGUCCUCUCUGCUGGAUGCACCAAAGUUCUACACACAGCUUAUAGUUCGGGCUUCUUUGGGAGUUUGUGUUAUUGGUGCACUGUGGCACAUGCAGAGAGAAGUGAGGAGGCAGUUUGGCUCCACAGUUGCCACCCUUUUCUGUCUGACGUGCGCUUCUCAGUUUCACCUGAUGUUCUACAGCACGAGGACGCUCCCCAACGUGUUUGCACUCCCAAUAGUUCUCGUAGCGUUCACAUCGUGGAUGGCUCAGAAACACGGCCGGUUCAUCAGCCUCUCUGCUUUGGUCAUCAUUGUGUUCCGCUCAGAGCUCUGCAUCUUCUUAGGCCUCAUGUUACUCAUAUCACUGCUGAGCAGGAGGCUGGGGCUGCUGCAGAUGCUGUCCUACGCUGCUCCUGCUGGGAUCUUGUCGCUGGCUUUGACGGUUGCUGUUGAUACUUUCUUUUGGAGGAAGCCUCUGUGGCCUGAGGGGCAGGUCUUAUGGUACAACACUAUUCUUAACAAAAGUUCCAACUGGGGAACUUCUCCCUUUCUCUGGUACUUCUACUCGGCGGUACCUCGAGCUCUGGGCUGCACGCUGCUCUUCGUCCCUCUUGGCCUCCUCGACAAGAGAAUGAGGCUUCUGCUGCUGCCCACAGUCGGCUUCAUUCUCAUCUACUCAGCGCUGCCCCACAAGGAGCUGCGUUUCAUCAUUUACACUUUCCCUGUGCUCAGCUUGGUGGCUGCACGAGGCUGUUCCUUCAUUUUGUGCAACUACCAGAAGUCCUGGAUGUAUAAGCUGGGCUCUGCAGUUGUGGUCGGCCAGCUGUUGACCAACGCACUUUACUCGAGUAUUUGCCUCCACGUUUCUCACCACAACUACCCUGGAGGCAGAGGGAUGCAGGAACUACACCAGCUGCUGCCGCACACAGCAGAUGUCUCACUUCAUAUUGACACUUUUGCUGCUGAAACUGGAGUAUCACGUUUCUUAGAGCAGAACAGAAACUGGAGAUAUGACAAACGAGAGGACUUGAGCCCCACAAGUCCUGAGGUGAAAACGUACUCGCACCUACUGAUGGAGGCCAACGUUACAAAGAUACAGCUGCUGCAGGACACCCACCAGCCUCUGGCCUUUAUAGAAGGCUUCAGCAACAUCGCCUUCGAUUUGCUUCACUUUCCACCUGUCAGGGUGCGUUUGGAGAGAAAAACCGUACUGAUGGAGAGAAAGACUGAAGCCAGGCUGCUUAAAGAGUGACUCUAACAGGAAUGUGUUGUUUUUACGUGACCAAAAAAUAAGGGUGUUACUACUGCUAUCACAUUCCGACACAAAUAUUGAGUUUUGCUUCAGCAGCAGAUCGGCGUGUUAUAUUUAUACUGUCAGGCAUCUUUUGUGAUGCAAAGGAAACAAGUUAGCUUUAUCAUGCAUAAUUCUUUACCUCAGAGUAUGAACGGUAUAUUUUGUAGAUAGAUUUCCUAAAUCAAAAAAGCUGUGAUCACUUGGGAAAACAUUAACUACUAAGUAAAACAUCUGGAUUCUUGUACUUAAAACAGUUUAACACAAAUCUCCCAGUUUUGUACAAUAAAAAUGGCUAAAAAUAAA